GCCGGGAUAGGUAACCAAUGAGUCCCGCCAUAUUGUUUAUUAUGGAGACGGAGACAAAAAUGUGAUUUCCAAUGUAAGUAAGGACCUCUUUUCAACAACACAAACUUACCAUGGGAGACUCCCCAAGUGGUAAAAGUGGGAAAAGUCUAGAUGCUAAAAGUAUUACCAGCAGAGCUUCCAUAAAUGUUAAAUUACCAUCAGCACAAAGUGAUGAAUUCAAGAGAAAAUCAGUAAGUCCAUCUAGAAGUCUUCAUGGAGAUUUUGUAGCAACAUUAGAGGGACAAGAGUUUGGCAGAACAAGACCAUUGACAACAACACCUGUCAGUUCUAAAGAAUUUGAGCAUCAAAGCAGAGCAAAGUCCAAUUCUAGACUUGCUCAGGCUCAAAGAUCUGAAAAAGAACUAAUUCGACAAGCAGCAGCUACAAUCAUUGAGAGACAGUGGAUUGCCUUUAGAGACAGACAAAUGUUUAAACUAUUAAAACAUGCUGUUUGUGCUGCAGAAAAUUCAUUGUCAAAAGAAAUUUUGAGAAAAGUAUGUCCAAAAGAAGCAGAGCUGUUAGCCGAUAAAUUUCAACAAGUCAGAGUUAGAUUCAGGUUUGGAGGACCAGAAUUUCCACCAAUGAUAUUUUUCAAGAUUUACAUACAUACAGAAGGAAAAGGAUUAAAGUACAUGAGUGGAAGAAGAAUUAUUAAACCUGCCUCUGAGGCAUCAGAAGAUUCUUUACGGAAUAUGGGAAACAGAAAAUUCUAUGACCAAAUGUUACAAGAUGCCAUGUUUCAACAACAAUAUAAGAUAACUGAUGAAGUUGAUGUUACUACACUUAAAGAUUAUAUGCAGUAUUUAGCCAAUGUUGAUGAAUCUCCUGCUACUAUGGGUGGAAAGGAAAACUACUGGAGAAAGCUAACAUUAGAUGAUUUAUCUAGAAGAACAAUAUUUUAUGAUAUUGUUGAUUACUUAUAUAAUCAAAGAAUGUCACCACGGUUGCAGAUAGAAAUACCUGUAUUAGUUCAAAGACCUGUUUCACAAGAAAUCAAACGUCAGCAUAUUAGAGUAAUAUCACAAUUACGGACUGCAGAAUCUAUACCUCAAGUUCCAAUGCACACUCCUAAAUCCAAACUGUCACAGUCAUACAGUCAACCAUCUAGUCGAAGAUCUAAACAAGCCAGGCUUAGGGCCCUCAAACUUAGGAAAAUGUAUGGUCUAGACAGGGAAGGAAGUAAUUUAAAGUUAGAUUCCAGAGAGCCAACAGCUGUUUCAGAAGAACCAGAUGACUAUUUUGAUAAGUAUGGUAUCACUGGUGAUGAUGGAGAUGGUGAGGAAUGGGAAAAAGAAGCUAGUAAACUAUAUGAAUGGACACAAGAAUUAUCAUUCAACGAUGACUUAAUAGCCACACCCAGACUUCCAACAGGAAUGAUUAUGUCGUAGCAUUUAUUUCAGCAAUGACUAUACACAGAUAUCAGACUUCACUCAGUCAUGUGAUGUUUAUAUGAUAUGAUAGCGGACCUGAGAAGUGUUAUCAUUAGUUACUUAGGGCUAUGAUUGAAGUUAUUUGUGUUAAUAAUUUGGAUAGCGCCUUAUUGGGAAAGAACUAGCUUUUAUAUGGCUUCAUAAAAAAGUAUAAGUAAAAUGAAAAAUGCACAUUUUCCUGACAAGGAAAAGCUUAGAACUAGAAAUUCAAGCUUUAUUAGUCAAUCAGUUGAUCUGAUGUCUUUGUACAAAAUCAUUUGCUAUUUUUUUUUUUUUAUCUGUGAUGAAUAAUUUUUUUAAAUUCUGCAUUCUUAGAUCAUUUUAACAUUCCUUAUAAAAUUUUUAUGACAGUUUAGGGUUAUAAUGAGACAUUAAUCAUGUGACUGUUACAGUACAAAUUUGUUUAUUAUUGUUAUAAAAUAUAUAUUGAUUAGAACUUGGCAUAAUUAUUUGUUAUAAGUAAUAUACUUAUGUGUAAUUAUUUACACCUAAUUAAUAUAUGCACAUUUACACAUAAGCUUUUAAAUGUGUGUUUUGCAAUAUGAAAACUUGACAUACAGAACAAAUAUUUCUGAAAAUAAACCCAAGAAAGUUAAACAUCAAGGAUAGUUCUUUCAUUGUACAAAGAGCUUUUGACGUGCAUACAUUAUUCAGACUGGAUGCAUGUUUGUUGAUGUGUACUUAAGUGCCUUUAUAAAGGUUCACAUAUGUAUUACACACCUGAGAGGCUUAUAUAAAUCAUUGUUCUAAAUAAGUAUUCAGUACAGUUGCUGGGAAACAUUUAUUUGUCUGUUUUGAUCCAGGAGAAAAUAUUUUCAUCUUAAGUGCUUAGGAAUAUAGGAUAUAUCAUCAAUUGCAUUUUUAGUGAGUGAUACAGAGGCGGAUUUAGGGGGGGCAGGGGCCUGGUCCCCCCCUUUUUUGGGAAAAAUUUGGUUGAUUAUAUAGGGAAUCACUGAAGCAUGACUGGAGCGGGCCCCCUCUUAGGCAGUCAGUGGGACCCCACUUAUGAAAAUUUUUGGAUCCGCCACUGUGAUACUCAUAUACAUCUAUUUAUAUUUUCAUAAAUUUAUAAAAAAGAAUGUUGACAAACUAUAUGUAUGGUAUUUUUAAGGUGCUUCAUAUGAUACUGCUGGAAAAUAAAUUUUUGUUGAUUUGAAUAAUUGUAAUAUUUAAAGAUUAAUAUACACACAUGAAUAUUUUAUAUAUUAAUAAUGAACAUAUACUGUUUUCUGACAUUUAUUAUCUAUACUUGAUGAGAAUAAUAAUUUGAUACAAGAAAAAAAAUAAUGUAAAAAAACUCUGCUUUUUAAAAUAUGUUUGGAUAGGGGCUGUUAUUAUUAUUAUUUCAUUUUCAGAAUCGGUAUUACAAAAUAGUUACUAACUUUUUAACUUUGCCUUCACUUUGCCUGCACUAUCUCAUAGAAAAGAUAUAUUUUAAAUUUUAAAAACUCGAAAAAAUAAAGAAAAUAACUUGUUUUAUAUAUUCAGUAUGAUCCAUGAUAAAGAGUCAUGAAAUUGGGGCAAUUGAUUGGAAAAUUCAACAAUUCUAAAUCAUCAAUACUGCAACGAAUGUUUUAUAGCAAUUCUAAAAUGACUGUUCUCACUAAGGCAUCAAUUUAUAAUGUUUUUUUAGUUGAAGACUUGAACAAAGUGUCCUUAGAAUAUCUUAGAAUGUUAAUUAAUACACCUUAUCGCUAAUCCCGCUUGACCCGAGAAUCAGUCCCGCUCGAACUUUUGACGUCAUACAACAAUCACUUUUCCAUUGUGGCGUAAGAUAUUUUCUAUUAUGACGUCAUAAUUUUACGGGAACUUCUGUGAUGUCCAGUAAUGGCGGGCAAAUAGCGAUAAGGUGUAUAGUAUAUAUGUAAUUAUAUACAUUUUUAGCCUAAUGUCAUUUCAUAUAAACCUCUACUGGUUGCUGUGUUAAUGUUGUAAUAACAUUUACAUUGAAUUGAAAAUAUAUUUGAUGUAUUUCGAUGUGGUAUCUUUACAAAAUUUUCAAUUCUGCAUGGAUUAUGAAUGAUAGUAUUUUCAUGGCCGUUCUAGAGUUAUGCCCAGUUACAAAACGAAAAAUUGCUGAAUUUUUCGUUUCCGUUCUCUAACUUUAGUUUGCCUCAACCAAAUGUUAUGAAACUUAUACACAAUGCUUAUUACCACAAAAUACAGAUCAAGUUUGAAUUUUGGGGGUGUCACUUUUACUGUUCUAGAGUCAUGCCCCUUUACAAAUGGAAAAAUUGCUGAAUUUUUCGUUUCCAUUCUCUAAAGUUUGCCUCAACCAAAUUUUAUGAAACUUAUACACAAUACGUAUUACCACAAAACUCAGAUCAAGUACAAAUUUGGGUAGCGUAUCUCUUACCGUUCUUCAGUUAUGUCCCUUUAUAACUUUAUAUGAUAUGCAAGCGGGGGCAUCAUCUGUGUCCUAUGGACACAUCCCCCAUUUAUUUUUUUUAACCAUGGAUGAAAUACCUAUGCCCAUGAAUGUAUAAAUUUUCAGUUUUACUCUUUAUCACAAGAAUUCAGUGUAAAUGGGUAAACAAAACGUAACUAAGCAGACUUAUAGUUUACAUUCAAGUUUGGGUUGAAUAAUUUCAAAUGUUUCCUUAUUAAGUACAUCACACGUCGUUUUUGCCAUCGAUCUUUGUUGCAUUUGUUAUGGUUCUGAUGUUAUUUGUUUUUUAUGACAUUAAAUUUUUUUUUUU